AUGGCGACCGCAUCAGAUACACAAGUGCGCACGAAGCCUCAUUCUGUGUUAAUCACCGGUGGAUGUGGAUUUAUCGGCUCAAACUUUAUCAAUUAUAUCUUCGAGAAAUGGCACUCAACUCGCAUUGUGAAUAUCGACAAACUGGAAUAUGGUGCAUCAGAGGAUCACAUAGUGUCGUCGGUCGCAAAUUCGGAACGAUACACAUUUGUGAAUGGAACGAUACGCAAUAUGGAUCUUAUCAUAGACUUGCUCAAUGAACAUCAGAUUGAUACAGUGAUUAAUUUCGCGGCGAUAACGCACGUCGACGAGUCUUACACGGAUCGACUGCAUACGAUCGAUGAGAAUAUUCUAUCGACAACCACAUUGCUUGAGGCGCUCACCUUUCAUUAUCACAACUUACGACGUUUCGUUCAUAUCAGCACUGAUGAGGUAUACGGUGAUUCAAAGGAUGAUAGAACAGCAAAAAGCGAAAUGUCGUUACCCAAUCCCACAAAUCCUUAUGCUGCUAGUAAAGCUGCUUGUGAACUAAUCAUCAAUGCCUACUGGCAUUCAUACAAGAUUCCGUAUGUAAUGGUACGAAUGAAUAACGUUUAUGGUCCAAGACAAGCCAGCUCAAAGCUUAUUCCAAAAUUCACAGCACUUGCGAUCGAAAAGAAGCCAUACCCUCUGAUGGGUGAUGGUCAACAUACCAGGAAUUGGAUGUAUGUAGACGACUGCGCGGAAGCAGUUCGUCGAAUCACCGAGAGCGGCCGACUUGGAGAGACGUAUAAUAUUGGCACCGAUUUCGAGAAGUGUAAUUACGAUCUGACAGUGCAGAUUCAUCAAACUGUUGCUAAACUGCUGAACAGGCCGCAGACGGUACCAACAUUCCGUUACAUCCCCGACAGGCCAUAUCAUGACCGUCGAUACUUUAUCGAUUUUACGAAGAUCAAAAAGGAACUGAAGUGGAAAUGCACAACCGAGUUCGAUGCUGGUUUGUUAAAAACAAUAGAAUAUUAUGUGGAUAAGUUCAAGACGAAGGCGGAAUAUGAUCGCGAAAGUGCAACGGUACUGAAAGGAUGA